AUGAGUUACCAACAAGCACAGGAGAUGUAUCACGACAAUUCUUCUGCGCGAUCUCCUGGCUCGCAGCGUCAUCAGCAGCCUCUGCAUCGUCAGCCUUCGCGACAGUUCGACGCCUACGGUCCCAUGCCCGUCAACUUGUACGAGGAUCCCAUGGCUCGCUACGACAACGGUCGUCUGGAGCGCUUGAACCCCUCUUUGCACAAUAACUAUGCCUACGAUCUGUCCGGAUCGCAGACCUGGAACCCGAAUGGUUUUGCCAAUGCUCAGGCCCUCGGGGGUAUCCGGUCGGCUUCCACUAGCCUGAAGACUUCCUCCCGCACCGGUCGCGCUGGGAUCCCAACGACCUGGCUCGAUCAGCCUCCUCCGAUGCCCAGCCCCUUUUCAAACCUCGGACCCGGCCCCCUUCAGAGUAGCGCGAUGCGGCCGGAAACCACGGGCCCCUCGGAGACCGACGAUGAACUGAUUCCUACCGCCAUCGUGAUCAAGAACAUCCCGUUUGCCGUCAAGAAGGAACAGCUGGUUCAGCUCAUGACCGAAUUGAGCCUGCCGCUUCCCUACGCGUUCAAUUAUCACUUCGACAACGGCGUGUUUCGGGGCUUGGCGUUUGCCAACUUUACAUCCGCGGAGGAAACGGCGACCGUGAUCGAUGUCCUGAACCAUUUCGAACUUCAGGGCCGCAAGCUGCGGGUCGAGUACAAGAAAAUGCUCCCCUUGCAAGAGCGCGAACGCAUCGAGCGCGAAAAGCGUGAACGUCGGGGCCAGCUGGAAGAACAGCACCGACCCAUGGCGGCGACUUCUCAACUUCAGACCCAGAGUUCCAUGUCCUCGCUCACUUCCCACCUUCCGGCUACCUCUCCGUCGCCGGUCUCUCAACGUGGUCAGAAGUUGGGUAAGUCACGGCUGCCCGGUUCUCCCUUGCAUAUGACUAACCAAGAGCCCGUCGAAACCUCAGAGGUCGAUUUGAAUGAUAGUCAGACGCUCUCGUACUACUCCCAGCUGCUGUUGUUCAAGGAGGAUACGGGUCGCGACAGUAUAGUAUUUGCCGCCAACCUUUCCCCCGUGCAGCGACGCACUGUGCACACCCUGGCCCACAACAUGGGCCUGGGUCAUGCGUCACGUGGUUCCGGUGAUCAGCGACAGGUGCAGGUGUUCAAGGUUGCCCCGGGCGCCAACGUGAGCCCCCCGCUGUCAUCCAUCCCGGCCGCCGUCCAGCCCACCGACACUGCCCGUCGCGGUCUCAGCCGCGCUGCCACCAUCGAUUUCAGCGAGGCGCGCAACGAGGGCCCCAGCUCCUACAACACCCUUCGCAACCAGACCUCCGGCUUCCUCGGCGUGCUCGAUUCCCCCGGGAACUUUGGCAACACCCAGAACCUGCGGGCCGCCAAGUCGUUUGCCGACCUGCGCUCCUACACCCCGUCGCCCGUGCCUUCGUCGGCCAGCUUCCCGGCCGCCCUGCAGUCGAACGGCGCCCGCAUGCCGCACUACGAUGGAGCGACUAGCGCCACCUCCAACACCCCGACUCUGACGCCCGCCCCAUCGGGAUCGUCCCUGGGCAUGCCCCGCGAUGAUGGACUGUUGGUGAACAGCCUCAGCAGCCUUUCGCUGGGUACUGGAAUUGGCGGGCCGAACUCGAGCCCGAGGAGAUUGCGAAGUAUGUUCUCUUGGGAGCAGCCGGAAACUCAACCUUCCAGUGCUGGCCCCAUCGGUAGCAACCGAUCCAUCGGACUUGGAUUUGACGGUCAGUCACAGGAGCGCAUGCCAAUUAGACAACCCAGAGGCCCCUUGCCCGAAAAAGGUCCCGGUUUUCGACGCCCGAACGGACACCAACCGCGUGGAAGUGACGAGUUGCGCACCAACUCCGGUGUAGAGAUCAUUGUGGAGUAA